GUUUAGACGCGUUUGACGCGUCCUUCACUCUGACGUUUUGUGUGUCAGGAUCUCUCCUCCUCCUCCUCCUCCUCAGGAGGACUCUGGCCUCCUCUCCGGUGUCUGCAGCAGCCUCUCUUCUUUGGGGGUUUCUCUCUCUGACCUUCAGUUUCUUCUGCGGUCAAACAGAAAUCGUCUUUGUUCGCGGGAUGCCGAUGGCCGCCUCCUCUGACUCCUCCUCUUCCUCCUGCUCCUCCUCCUCUCUUCUCAGCCUCAGCACCGCCGCCGAAGGGCCGCUGGGCCGCGCAGGACAGCUGGCACGGAACCACCGAGCCGGUCUCCACACCGACUUGUACAACUGACUUUUCAAGGAUUUUCCUGAAGGAGUAACCUGGAUUCACCUCUUAAGCUAUCAGCUCAGAUUUAGGAGUUCCACGUUGGAUCGAGGGGCUUUCACUGACUGUUGCACUUUCUCUCACUUCUCCCCAUCGGAUCUUCCCCUUUAACCUGCUCCGCCAUGACUGAGCGCAGAUCCAGUCCAGGUCUGCAGAACAUGAAAGAACCAUGACAGACGGCGAGGGGACGACUGAGCUGAGAAAACUGGGACGAAAAGGAUGAUCCUUCCUCAUCAAGACUGAUCCAAAACCAAAAGCUGACGGUGCGUCAGCGUCCUGAGAGUCGACAGCAGAGACGAUUGUCCUCAGAUCCAGCAGCUUAUCCUGAUUGUCCUCUAUCAGCUGUGAAAUGUAACUUUUGGAAAUCCAGGUCCUGUCAGGAUAGAACAGCGAACACGAUUGUUUUAGGUCUUAAGUUCCCAUCAGCUGGAAUCCUGAACUCCAUUGGAAAAACGGAUCUGGAUAAUCCAAGCAAAGACUUUGCCAUGAAUCACCUUCAUUCCAGCCUGAGCUCGGAGAUGAUGGAGAAGGCUCGCUUAGAGCUGAACGAAAACCCAGACACUCUGCAUCAGGACAUCCAACAGGUGCGGGACAUGAUUGUGACCCGGCCGGACAUCGGCUUCCUGCGAACGGACGACGACUUCAUCCUUCGCUUCCUCAGAGCAAGAAAGUUCGACCAGCUGGAAACUUUCCGGCUGCUGGCCCAGUACUUCCAGUUCCGGCAGCAGAACCUCGACAUGUUCCAGAGCUUCAAGGUGGAUGAUCUUGGCAUCAAGCGAGCGCUGAUGGAUGGUUUCCCAGGUGUGUUGGAGUCUCCAGAUCAGCAUGGACGAAAAAUACUCAUUUUGUUUGCAUCCAACUGGGACCAGAGCAGGAACUCCUUUAUUGAUAUCCUGCGGGCCAUCCUGCUCUCUCUGGAGGUUCUGAUUGAAAACCCUGAACUCCAGAUCAAUGGCUUCAUCCUGAUCAUCGACUGGAGCAACUUCUCUUUUAAGCAGGCCUCCAAGCUGACGCCCAACAUCCUCAAACUGGCCAUCGAGGGCCUCCAGGACAGUUUUCCGGCUCGGUUUGGGGGAAUCCAUUUUGUGAACCAGCCGUGGUAUAUUCAUGCCAUGUACACCAUCAUCAAACCCUUCCUGAAAGACAAGACCAGGAAAAGGAUCUUCCUCCAUGGGAACAACCUGAACUCACUCCACCAGCUCAUCCAGCCCGAAUUUUUGCCGUCGGAGUUCGGGGGAACGCUGCCACCGUAUGACAUGGGCAUGUGGGCGCGCACGCUGCUGGGACCCGACUAUAAUGACGAGACCGAGUACACGCUGACGUAUGACGCCCUUCACGUCAGAGAAAACUGUGGAGGUGGAGACAAAGAUAUGAUGAAAAGGUCUCAGUCGACCGUGGAUACAGGAACCCUCCGGCAGACAGACAGAGAGACCAGCACACCACUGCUUGCUCUGGACUGAAUCUGCACCCUCUGUGUACAUCAGGGGGGUAACUCUGACUGUAGCGGAAUGUCCUGACUUUGCAGACAUUUGCAGCUCUGAUGUUUUUACCUUCAUCAAAAAAAGCCACAAUCAAGCUUAGAAUGUAAAUGUUUCAUUUAUGUUAUUUAAGCCGUGUUGCUUAUUUUGUUCUGACAAAAUUGUUUUACCGUGAGGGUCUGUUGAGGAUGUGAUGCCAAGAAAAAUAACCCACUUAGUAUAUGAAGAAAGAAUUCUUUGGUUUCAGUAUUACGCCAUUAGAUAUCCCUUCAACUCAGGAUUAAAUCGCCUUUCUUCAGAUUAAAAAAAAAAAGUUCUUUUAACUCAUACAGGUAUUAAAUGACAAAAAUGUUUAAAACAUCAAAGUAAUUAUUUUCUACAUUAAACAGUUCUAAUGUUAAAUAUUCACAAAAGUCCAUAAGGACCAAAUGUCCCCAGUCUCCGGUGUGUCCUCAUUCUAAAUACGAGAACUUGCUUCAAAGUCCCCACAAAGACAUGUAGACAAACACACAUACACACACAUUGUUCUUUUUGAAAUUGUCUUUAGUUAUUAGGGAAAAAGCAGCAAUUAUUAUAUUCUGGAAGAGCUUCACAAAAACUAACUCUAAGAUCCCAACAACACAAAUAAAUAAAUACAAUUUGAACCAUUUUAAUUUUUUUAAAGUUGUGGAUCUUUCUUAUUUUUUUGUUGUGAAAUAAUUUUGUGUAAUUUGUAAUCUUUAUUUUUUUUCUUAUCAAAAGCCAUUUUUCCCAUGUAAAGCAAUUAUAAAAUGCCAUGCUCUGCACUUCUGUCAUUGUUGACAUCACCUUAACAAAUGGAAUUUGAAAUUGCUUUUUUUUAAUACACUUCAUUUUUGUACUGCAUUUGCAAAGGUAAAAGUCACAGAAAUGUUCAGUAAGUAAUAUUUGGGGGUUUUUUUUAAGCAGAAAUAACCAAAGUAAAAUCUGCAAGGUUUUUUUUGGUUUAUUAUUUGUUGCUUUUAGAAAUUGUAUGCUAAAACUAUACUUUUCCAAAACCAGAGUUCUGCUGCAGUUUUCAUCUUUUCACACUAAAACAAAUUUUCAAAUGAAAGGAAUGCCAUGUCUUUUUUAGAAUAAAUUUGGUUUAUCAUGUUUAGUCAUUAGAAAUGUUGGACACAUCUCAUAAAAGUCUGUCUUAGAAAAACCAUCAGACAUUUUCAAGCUUUAAGCUCACAGAAGAGGUUUUACUGAAAUCAGAUUCGUCUUAGUUUGGUACACUUUGGUUUCUGAUUGCUCAACCGCGUCCAAGUGGUCAAAACUACAAGAACAAAGUGUUUCAGAACAGUACAGAGUUUAAUCCUGUUAAAAGAAAGUCUGCUAAUGAUUUAUUUGCUUUAAAAGUGGAUGUAGAUCUGUUUUUCUCGUUUUUUGUAGAGAAUGUUCAUGAGAACACUUAUUUUUUUAUAAAACCAUCAUCAGAAGGAAGUCUGGGGGUUUAGAAAAAUGUGACAGUAAAGAUGAUCCAGGAAUAACUUGUUAAGUUCUAGUUAAGUUAGAAGAAUAUUUCAAUCAUCUUAGACUCUGCACUAGCCUUUUUUCCUGAUAGACGCCACGUAAUGUAUGUUUUUUCACGAGUAAUCUGAGUACACGCUCAAUGUAAAGCAGCUGCACGAACUCUGAAAAGGAUGACAAAGAACUGCCUCUGAAUAGAGGGAAUGUGUUCUGUUCAGUCCUGAAUGAUUGUAGUUCUAUCACGUUCAUGUGCUGAACAAGACCUUUACUUCUCCAUGGAUUUGUAAACCUGCAGUGUUCUGAUUCUCUCACUUGGCUGUAUUUCCUGUUCAUGAAUGUAUAAACAUUUACACUCCAAGAAA